GCAAGGUGCAGCCAUAGUGCUAGGAAUUAGGGCGGCGGACACGCGCGCACCCCAGGCGGUGCUUCAGCUGCAGCCACAAGCCUCCUCCCCCUGAAUUUCCUCCGAAGACUCCGGGGGACGAGUCCUGCGGGUGGGAAGUGAGAGGCGCCCCUGGGUGCCGCGGCCGGCGCUUGGGAGGCUUCGCGGGACGGAGGCCGGCCGGACUUUGAACCUUCCCGGCGGUGUUGCAGGCAGAGGGCGCAAGGUCAACGCUUGGCGCCUCCGGGCAGCGGGUGCCCGAGCGGCCCCCACAGCCCCGGGGAGGGGUGGGCCCUGAAUCGCCGGGGGCCGGGGCGUCACGGGCGCCCGCUCCUGAUUGGCCGCCGCCACGGUCACGGGCCGGGCGCUCCGACACUGGCAGAGCCAGAGGCCGGAGCCGGAGUACGGACCCGGGGCGACCGAUCGCAGUCCCGAACCGAGGGGCUGGCGUGGACACCGAAUCCCAAGCCCUCGCUGGGAGUCUGGCCGGGAAGCGGCACCAUGCCCUACGUGCUCAUCAGCACCCAGAUCCGCAUGGAGGUGGGUCCCACCAUGGUGGGCGAUGAGUACUCCGAUCCAGAGCUGAUGGAGCAUUUGGGGGCCUCAAAAAGAGGCGUCCUGGGGAACAACUUCUACGAGUACUACGUCAGCGACCCUCCUCGAAUAGUCCUGGACAAGCUGGAGCGCAGGGGCUUCCGUGUGCUGAGCAUGACAGGGGUGGGCCAGACGCUGGUGUGGUGCCUGCACAAGGAGUGACCCUCACGGAGGCGCGGACAGGGCCCCCGUCUCCGAGUGGCUGCCUGUGGGUCCCGAUCCCAAGCCCGCCUCACUCACUGCCCUGCCCUCUUCCCAAACUGUCAUUUCCCUUGGACCAGCACCACGGGGCAGUGAACGGCCUCUGAAACCUGCCCCAGCUGCCCCUCCACCUUCCAGCUGGUGAGGGUUCUGGAGGAGUCCGUGCUCAUGGGCAGGCUGAGGGGCUGGCAAGAGCCCGGCUCUGCCAAUAAAGGGCCGUGAUGAUUGUUUGCUUCUAA